AUGGCACGAAUGAAGCAACUUGCAUUUGGAGGGCGAUAUAACCACAAGCCGCAAGUCUUCCGCGACCAUCGGGGAAACAGCUAUACUGUGGUCGGAGGAACUCCCAGUUGGUGCUCCAACCCAUCGACCAUCAUCAAAUUGAGUAUUCACCUGUAUACUCUAUCCGAGUUAAAAGAGACCCCAGAGGAAAUCGGUUCCAAGUUGCUCAGCAGCCAUGGUAUUGCAAACUGUGGAAAUCUACACAAUUACUGGCCCCGUGUAGACGUGUACUCCCCACUGGGAAGUAUCGAAGAGUGCAUGGAGCACCACCGCGCUGAGAAGAUCUACCGAAGGAAAGCCCUGGAGGAGAUGCACAGGAAGGCAACGGCUUCGGCUGAUAACGAGGAGGACGGCGAGGAAGCGGUGCGGAAACUACGCGGGAAACAACCCCUGCCGCAUAUCGUCCCGACCUGGGCAUGCACAGAGAGGUUCUGGACUCAGUAUUCCUACGGACAUGACUGGCGAUAUCGCAGUUUCGUUCUCGUCGUACCCGAGGACUGUCCGUCCUGGGGAGAUGUUGAGGAGAAGGGGCUGUGGAUAGUAUGCUUUGAUCAGGAUGUCACCCCGGCGAUGGAGACGCAUAUGUGGGAUUGUGUGCGGGAGGAGGAUUCGGAAAUCGACAAUGGAGAGGGAUGGGUCGAGGUUGAGAGGGUCGAGUACGGACCUCCUGUUCUCAUCGAACGGGUUUCGGUUUGCAGGGAGGACCAGCAGCCUGACGGAGGCAAUUCGACCAUUACUGGUACUUUGUACGACAGGUGGAGUCAGAUCAUCCGAGUGGUCAAUGAUUGUACAUAUCGGCAGCCCGAGUGCUAUGGUUGCGCAGAGGAUGCUCCCCAUGAGUGUGAGCUCGACAUGUGA